UCCCUUUAAUGGCUGCUUUUAGACUCACUGCUCUCUCCUUUGUCUUCUUCAUCAUCUUCCCUGCUGCAUUACAAGUUAAGGCACAACAAGGUAAGGAUGAACCUUAUGUGGGAGUUAACAUAGGUACAGAUGUUUCAAAUUUGCUUCCCCCUGCAAAGUUAGUUUCUUUUUUGCAACAACAAAAGGUAAACCAUAUUCGUCUUUAUGAUGCUGACCCGGAUAUCCUUAAAGCCCUAUCGAAAACUAAGAUUCGGGUCAUUGUUUCGGUACCAAAUAACCAAAUCCUUGGAAUUGGGUCAUCCAAUACCACCGCAGCUAACUGGAUCAACCGGAAUGUAGCUGCAUAUUACCCUGAUACCCUAAUAACCACGGUUGCAGUAGGGGAUGAGGUGUUAACCACGGUCCCGUCAUUGUCUUCAAUGUUAAUGCCCGCCAUUGAAUCACUUUACAGUGCUUUAGUUGCAUCAGAUUUACAUACCCAGAUUAAGAUUUCAACCCCGCAUGCUUCGAAUAUUAUUCUUGACCCAUUUCCACCGUCACAGGCUUAUUUUAAUGAAACCCUUUCACCUGUUAUAGUGCAGCUGCUUCGGUUUCUUUCAAGGACUAGUUCCCCACUAAUGAUGAAUAUGUACCCUUACUAUGUGUUUAUGCAGAACAAAGGGGUUGUUCCGCUUGAUAAUUCAUUGUUUAAGCCAUUAACUCCUUCGAAAGAAAUGGUGGAUCCGAAUACUUUGUUGCAUUACACGAAUGUUCUUGAUGCUAUGAUUGAUUCAGCUUACUCUUCAAUGAAGAAUUUGAAUGUUUCUGAUGUUAUAGUUCUUGUUACUGAAACUGGUUGGCCUUCCAAGGGUGACUCGAAAGAACCUUAUGCAACGAUUGACAAUGCUGAUACGUAUAACUCUAAUUUGAUUAAGCAUAUUUUAGAUAGAAGUGGGACUCCUUUUCAUCCAGAGGUCACUUCUAGUGUUUACAUAUAUGAACUGUUCAAUGAGGACUUGAGGACAUCACCGGUUUCUGAGGCUAAUUGGGGGUUGUUCUAUGGAAAUUCAACUCCUGUUUACUUGCUCCAUGUAUCCGGGAGUGGUGAAUUUUUGGCAAACGAUACCACGAAUCAAACCUUUUGUGUUGCUAUGGAAGGUGUUGAUGGUAAAACAUUACAAACAGCUUUAGAUUGGGCUUGUGGACCUGGAAGAGCAAAUUGCUCGGAGAUUCAACCAGGGGAAAACUGUUAUUUGCCAAAUACUGUGAAGAAUCAUGCUUCGUAUGCAUUUGAUAGUUACUAUGAGAAACAAGGAAGGUCUGCUGGGUCUUGUGAUUUUAAAGGUGUGGCCAUGAUCACCACUACUGAUCCAAGUCACGGGGUCUGUGUAUUUCCAGGAAGUAAAGUAAUUAGCAAUAGAACGAACACCGUGGUGAACUCGACCAAUGCAACAAGCAACGUGGAUGCAUUGAAAUUCACUGGAACUAGGACUUUUGAGGAUGGUUUGAGCCUUUUUUGGGGACUCGUUGGUGCUGUGUUCUGUUUAUUCAUUUUGUGAAGGAAAACAAAGACGGAGAUCGAGUUUUUCAUUCUUUUUGGUAUGUAUUUAAAUCUUUGUAUAAUGAUGUAUUUAGUGUAAUUCAAAAAGACCACGUAUCCGGAAUAGGAAGUUGGAAGUAGAGAAGGAAAAUCGUAGAAGUGAAGGCAUAAUAAAUAGGUGAGUUGGAGCAUGUUAUAUCCUGCAUAAAGAUUGUUUCACUCAACAUUUUGGUUGUCUCAAAGACAUCGAAAAUUUAAGAAUUUGGGAGCAUCUCUUUUGUUGUAGUUUCCUUUCUUAAUGACUGUCAUACCUGAAGGGUGAAGUUUUUGCGGCAUGCUUCUAUGCUGUGUGUUUGACUUUUUGUUAAUUUAUGGGACAAUAAAGUAUUUUUUAAUCGGAAA